UACAAAUUCGCGCGUUCCCGUCGGCGGUCGUCGCGCGCCACAUAUAUGAAGUUUUCCAAGACUGUGGGCAACAGCUGGCACAAUGUGCUCGACCAACUCCAGCCAGGAGUACCUGGUGGCCCCAUCAAAGGACGGCAUGGACGAGACGAGCUACAUACUCCAGCAGAGGCGGCGUCGCCAACAGGUGAUGGAUGGAGGCGACAACCUCAAAAACUGUCCAAAGUUUGCGAGUUUCAAUUACAUCAACUCAAUUAUUGGUAGUGGCGUUAUUGGUAUUCCAUAUGCGUUUAAUUUAUCUGGUGUCGGAUUGGGAGUUAUAUUAUUUGCAUUGGUAGCGAUUGUCACCGAUUACUCAUUAGUACUCAUGUUAAGGAGUGCACACAUAAGCGGCUCUUUUUCAUAUCAAUCAUUAAUGAAAUCUGCCUUUGGCAGAUAUGGUUUCGUAGUUUUAUCCUUUCUACAAUUUAUUUAUCCUUUUAUAGCGAUGAUAAGCUAUAACAUAAUUGUCGGGGACACUGCGACAAAGGUCUUGAUUAGGUUGUUUUCGCUGCCACACGACUCUGUAUUUGCCCAACGGUACUUUGUCAUAGCAAUGGCCACAAUUUUUAUCACAACCCCUUUGUGCAUGCUAAGGAAUGUCGCGAGACUAGCCAAAGCGUCUAUUGUGUCUUUCAUCAUGGUUUUGGUUAUUUUCGUGACUAUAGUCAUCAGAUACGAAUCUCUACACGACGUCAUGUCCACAGUAACUGAAGUCGGUAACAUAAACACAUGGGAUUUUGCUCGGCCUGGUGCGAUUCAAGCUAUUGGAAUAAUGUCAUUCGGUUUUAUGUGCCAUCACAACGUGUUUUUGUUGUAUGAUUCAAUCGAAGGAGCAAGUCAGACUAUUUGGAACUGUGUAACACACGUCGCGGUCACAAUAUCGUUGUUGCUAAUGGUCGCAUUUGGGCUAGUUGGAUAUGCUACAUUUGGUGAUCUCACUCAGGGUGAUUUGUUGGAAAACUAUUGUUGGAACGAUGAUUUAAUCAAUGUAUCAAGGUUGUUGUUCUCAUUAACAACGCUGCUCACAUUUCCGUUGGAAUGUAUGGUUACUAAAGCUGUUGUCGAUCAGACGCUCAGGGGUGGUACCGAUCCCGUUCCAAUGUCAAAAAAGAGACACGCUAUCAUUACGAUUUCUAUUCUUGUGGCAACCUACUUCGUUUCCAUAUCCACGAAAUGUCUUGGAAUAGCCUUAGAAAUAAACGGAGUUGUGGCCGCAAUUCCACUGGCAUUUGUUUUACCAGCAGCAAUUUAUAUUAAAAUUUCCAAUGAUUCAUGGAAGCAAAAGAUCCCUGCAUAUUGCUUGGCCCUGUUUGGUACAAUAGUAGCUGCAUCUGGAAUAUCAUUAGUCGUAUACGAGAUUUUAACUUUUACUGCGGAUUCUUGCGAGAAUGACAAGAUAAUGGAUCACUGUUACAUUAACGACACUUACCUUCCAACUGGUGACAUUAUCCAGUUACCAUUGAACUAAAUUGAUUUUAAUACGAAUAUUUUUUAAAUUAUAACAUUUAUGGUUACGUUCUAGUCUCUAAAAAAUAUAUUUUUUUUAAUUCAGAAAGAUUCUUACUUAUUCAAUCAUAUAUAUCAUAUAUGUAUAUAUAUAGGUAUACUAAACUAUCAAAGUACCUAUGUAAUAUUAUUUCAUUAGUUAUUACUUAUUACCUAUACCUAUUUGUGUUGAUUUAUCUCAUUAAUGAAAAUAACGAUAAGCCUAAGUUUUCAUUUUGACGUAGGUUCCUAUCAAAAAAAGUUAUUUUUUCUCGUUUCUCCACGAAUUUUUUAAAUCAUAGAUUUUUUGUAAAUGAUAUUUUUUUUAAUAAUUUGUUAACUAGUGCAAUAUUUUUUAAUCUUCUUAAGCCUUAAUAUUGUAUCUAGUGUUAGAAAAAAUAAUUUAUACAGAACAAAAAUCUAAUAUAAAUAACAUGGUAUAGUCUUGUUGUCAGACCCAACAAGGUUACUAAUAGUUUAUACGACAACUGGAGUUUAUAUUAAAAUUUAAAGUGGUUGAUUCCGGUACCUAAUAACGAUUGUUGUCACUUGUCAACCAAUUACUAACACUUUUAAGGUUAUAUUUGAGUUCAAUGAUUAAUUGGUUAUCUGCAGAUACAACCGUACAAGUGUUGAACUAUAUGUCUAUAAAACUUACUUAAACUUUAAAACUUGUACGAUAUUCAAGAUCUUACACCCAAAUAUAAGAUUUAUUAAAAUAACUCAAUAAGUAGGUAACUAAAAAUUAAAAAAUCAAUAUAACCGUAGGUAUAAACUAUUCAGAUAUAAGACCUUGAUAAUGUACUAAUGUCCUUCGAAAAACACUUCACUGAUAUCUUAUAAAUCGACAAAGUCACA